AUGGUUGAAGAUAAAGAUAUAGACUUGAAUAUUAAUAAUUUGAAAAUUCACGAUGCUCCAGCUCGAACACCCCCAGUAAGUCUGCCUCCAGCUUUACCUACUCCACUGACACCUGCUGGUAUUCUGCUCAACACCACAAUGCAAGCCAAAUUGAUGGCCUUUCAACAGCAACGAUCGAAAGCAGCAGCAGCAGCAGCAGCAACCUCACCAUCCAUACAAGCAUCAUCUUCAUCUUCGAUAUCAGAAUCGAAUAUAUCAACAAUACCAGCAAAUAUUAAUCGAACAGUAUCAGGUAAAAAGAAACCCAAACCAAACUUGAAACUAAGUGAUUUACCUUUGUCACGUAAUAACAGCUUACAUCGUUCUAAUACUAGUGCUAGUGAUUCAAGUGUGACUACACCAGAAGCAGAUACACCAACGGGUAAGGUUCAAAACGGAUCACAACCUCAGGGGUUGUUUGCUAAUUAUUCUGAAUAUGUCGAUAUAAAGUCAGGUCAAUUAAAUUUUGCUGGCAAAGCGUCUUUACACUCCAAGGGUGUUGACUUUCUGUCUGGUUCUUCAUUCAGAGUUUCCUUAGAUGAAUUUGAGUAUUUAGAGGAAUUGGGACGUGGCAAUUACGGGUCAGUACUGAAAGUUUUGCAUAAACCAACUGGUGUAUUGAUGGCAAUGAAAGAAGUUCGAUUGGAAUUGGAUGAGAAUAAAUUUACUCAAAUACUAAUGGAAUUGGAUAUUUUACAUAAAUGUGACUCGCCGUAUAUUGUUGAUUUUUAUGGGGCUUUUUUCGUUGAAGGUGCGGUUUACAUGUGCAUUGAAUACAUGGAUGGCGGUUCAUUGGAUAGAAUAUUUGGUAACGAUGUUGGUGUUAGAGAUGAAUAUGAAUUAGCCUAUAUUUCUGAGUCAGUUAUACUCGGACUAAAAGAAUUGAAGGAUAAACAUAACAUUAUUCAUCGUGAUGUCAAGCCCACUAAUAUAUUGGUGAAUACUCAGGGAAAAGUAAAGUUGUGUGAUUUUGGUGUGUCUGGUAAUUUAGUUGCGUCACUAGCCAAAACAAAUAUUGGUUGUCAAUCAUAUAUGGCUCCAGAAAGGAUCAACACCAUGAGACCUGAUGAUGCCACUUAUUCAGUUCAAUCUGAUGUUUGGUCAUUAGGGUUGACGAUAUUAGAGUUGGCUGUUGGUCAUUAUCCUUACCCGGCUGAAACGUAUGAUAAUAUAUUUUCACAAUUAAGUGCUAUUGUUGAAGGUGAACCACCAAAACUCGACCCAAAAGUUUACUCGAAGGAGGCACAAAUAUUUGUCAAAUCUUGUCUUGCCAAAAACCCUGAUUUGAGACCAUCAUAUGCGGCAUUAUUGAAUAAUCCGUGGUUGGUCAAGAACAGAGGUAAAGAAACAAACCUUGCUCAGACGGUAAAAGAUAGGUUAGAGGAACUAGCGAAAUUGGAGCAAAACAAGAGUGUCAGUCGAACAAAUAGCUUGAACAAAUCAGUAGCAGCAGUUCCUCCUCCAAGAAAUGUUGAAAGUGUUCAAUCAUUAUUGAGAAACAAAGUGAAGGCCCCGGCAUUACAUAGAGGUGGUUUACAGAAAGUAAAUAGAAACUUUCUUAACAAUCAUUAA